AUGGCAGCUAAGUUCGUGAUUGUUGCUCUGCUGGUGGCGGCUGCUCAGGGCAGUGCUAUCCAUGGCGCCGACUACACCAGCUUCUCAUACGGAGUGUCUGACCCCCACACCGGUGACGUCAAGAGCCAGCACGAGACCCGCGUUGGAGACAGUGUGGUCGGCCAGUACUCGCUCCUCGACUCUGAUGGCACAAAGCGCACCGUCGACUACGCCGCUGACGCUCACUCUGGAUUCAACGCCGUCGUCCGCAAAGACCCCGCUCUCUACGCUCACGCCGCCCCCGUCGUCGCUCACACCGCUCCCGUCGCCUACGCCGCUCCCCUCGCUCACGGCUACGCCGCCGCUCCGCUCGCCCACGGAUACGCCGCCGCUCCCUUGGCUCACGGAUACUCCCAUGGUGUUGCCACCUACGGUGCCGCUCCCCUGGCUCACGGUGCCGUCGUAGCUGCUCCCCUCGCCUACAGCGCUGGAGUAUACGGUGCUCAUGGUGCCGUCGCCUACGGCGCUCACGGAGCUCAUGGUCUCUAUGGUGGUCACGGUGCCCACGGACUCUAUGGCGCUCACUUGUACUAA